UGUUUUCAACUGCCGCUGUUUAGCUGCAUAUCAAAAGCAAACACAGAAAAUGUCGUCGAAUAAACGCAAAAACUUAAACACAAUGGAGGUGGAUAAAAAUAAUGAGGAAACGAGCUCUAGCGAUGACGAUGACGACGACGACGGUGGAUCGCAUCCAGAUGCGUACAAGGGCAAUGAGGAAGUGCAAAUUGAUUUUGAGGGUCGCGCGCCUGUCGAUCCAGAUGCACAGGGCAUCUCACAGCUGCUGCAGCGACUCUUCCUGCGCGCACACAUCAACUGCAACCAAAUGGCCGAAUUGCUCAUAGCUCAAAAUUAUGUGGGCAGCGUGAUUUGCCAGUGCGAGGAGGAUGACGAAACGGAUGAUGACAACAUGGUCGAAGAUGGCACCAUUUUUGGCAUCACAUCAGUGCUGAAUCUAACUGCCAAAAAGGAUCAGCCGAGCAUAAGUCAACUACGCAGCUAUCUCCUCGAACGAGCUGGGAAACAUGCGACGGAGCAAGUGCAGCAGCAGCUGCGUGAGCUACUCGAUCAGGAGCAGCGUCAUGUGGGCUUUCUGAUCAACGAGCGAUUCAUCAAUAUUCCCGCACAAAUCUCAGUGCCGCUGCUGCAGAAUUUGCAGCAGGAAAUCGAUGAUGCCAAGGCCAAGAAAAUGAAAUUCGAUUUCGGCACAUUGCUGCUACUGGUCAAGUUCUAUCGCAAGGAGGCCAAGAAGGGCAAACCCUCGGAGGAUAGCUAUACCAAUGAUGAGGAGGAGCUGCUCUCGGAGCGCGCCAAAUUUAGUUUCGAGUAUUCCGUGGCCUCCGAAUGCGACUCGGGCAUGGCUGGUAAUUGGCUCGAGGGCGAUUCAAUUAUGACUCCUUACAGAAAACUCUUGGCGCUGGAUGCCAACAAGUUGCCGCAGUUAAUUAAAGACGUACAGAGCUAUAUAAAUGGCGAAUAAAAUGUACAAUUACAGAUUGUACACUAAAUGUAAAA